CGCUAGAGAGAGGCGGCGGCGGAGGGGACGAGGGUGGCAAUAGCAGCAGCAGGAGCAGCUGGGCUUUGUGAAUCGGCCUUUGUGAAUCGGGCAGGGGGAAGGCGAGGCCAGGCCAGGCAAGGAGAAGGGGGGCAGCAGCGGCAGCAGCAGCUGGUCCGCCCGCCGCCAGCCAGACAAAGGCAAGCCGAGGAAGGGGCCCCGCUAGCCAGCCGCCCGCCCGCCCGACGCCGUUUCCCCCUCUCGCCCCGCUUUUGCGCGCCCCGCCAUGACGGCCAACGGCACUUCGGAGUCGCUCCAGAUCCAAUUCGGCCUCAUCAACUGCGGCAACAAGUACCUGACGGCCGAGGCGUUCGGCUUCAAGCUCAACGCGUCCGCGCCCAGCCUGAAGAAGAAGCAGAUCUGGACGCUGGAGCAGGCGGCCGAGGACUCGACGGCCGUGUACCUGCGCAGCCACCUGGGCCGCUACCUGGCGGCCGACAAGGACGGCCACGUGAGCUGCGACAGCGAGGCGCCCGCCUCGGUCGACUGCCGCUUCGUCAUCCUGGCUCACGACGACGGGCGCUGGUCGCUGCAGUCGGAGCCGCACCGUCGCUUCUUCGGCGGCACCGAGGACCGCCUGUCGUGCUUCGCGCAGAGCAUCUCGGCGGCCGAGAAGUGGAGCGUGCACCUGGCGCUGCACCCGCAGGUGAACAUCUUCAGCGUGACGCGCAAGCGCUACGCGCACCUGGCGGCGGCCCGCGACGAGAUCGCCGUGGACCGCGACGUGCCGUGGGGCCUCGACGCGCUCGUCACGCUCGUCUUCCAGGAGCAGCGCUACAGCCUGCAGACGGCCGACCACCGCUUCCUGCGCCGCGACGGGCAGCUGGUGGCGCGGCCCGAGCCCGACGCGGGCUUCACGCUGGAGUUCCGCGCCGGCAAGGUGGCCUUCCGCGACGCCGACGGCAAGUACCUGGCGCCCUCGGGCCCCAGCGGCACCCUCAAGGCCGGCAAGAGCGCCAAGGUGGGCAAGGACGAGCUCUUCGUGCUCGAGCAGAGCAGCCCCCAGGUCGUGCUGCGCGCCGCCAACGACAGGAACGUCUCCAUCCGGCAAGGAAUGGACCUUUCUGCCAAUCAGGAUGAGGAGAGCGACCAGGAAACCUUCCAACUGGAAAUCAACAAAGAUACUAAGAAAUGCACCUUCCGGACCUAUACUGGGAAAUACUGGACACUGACCUCCAAUGGGGGGGUGCAAUCCACAGCCUCCACUAACAGGAAUGCCAACUGUUACUUCGACAUCGAGUGGUGCGAUCGGCGUAUCACCCUGAAAGCGGCAAACGGCAAAUAUGUCACGGCAAAGAAGAAUGGGCAGCUGGCCGCCACGGUGGAGACAGCCAGUGAGACGGAGCACUUUCUCAUGAAGCUGAUCAACCGGCCCAUCAUUGUUCUGCGGGGGGAGCAUGGCUUCAUCGGCUGCCGGAAAGUGACAGGAACCCUGGAUUCAAACCGCUCCUCCUACGAUGUCUUCCAGCUGGAGUUCAACGACGGGGCCUACAACAUCAAAGAUUCCACUGGGAAGUACUGGACGGUCGGCAACGAGUCCUCCGUCUCCAGCAGCAGCGACACGCCGGUGGACUUCUUUUUCGAGUUCUGCGACUACAACAAGGUGGCCAUCAGAGUCAACGGGAAAUACUUGAAGGGCGACCAUGCCGGCGUCCUCAAAGCCUCUGCCGACACAAUCGACCCCUCCACUCUCUGGGAGUAUUAAAUGCACUUUAGCACCUCCCUCUCUUGGUUCCAAGCUCUCCCUCCCUCCCUCCCUCCUUCCCUCUCUGUGUCUCUCCUCUUCACUUUCAGUUGCCAAUUUCUGCUGUUUUUCCUGUUCGGUUGCCUCUGUUCCUAAAACAGAGAGGCUCCCUUCCCCGGCUGUCCUGCUGCUUCUCUCCCGCCGUCGAAGUUUUGGGUUGAUCUUGUCUCUUUGAAACUGGAAAAAUGUGAUUAACCUGCAGAAAACAGGGCACUACUUGCGGGGUGUGUGUGUGUAUGUGUAUGUGUUGCUUUGCUGGAACACCAAACCUGGUCCUCUGAAUUUAAAAGGGAAUAAAUCCCUAAAGUAGAGCAGCCCUUGCCACCCCCUCUAUUGGCAUCUCCCCUGAUGCCAUUGAUCUGGGGCCAUUCUAGUGUUGAAUUGGCCAAGAAGCUAGUUUAGCGAAGCCUCUGCUGUUUCUGCUUUCUUGGUUCAAUGCUGGCCAUGUGGAUGAGCCUGAAAAAGGGGGAGGGGGUCUCCUUUCUUCUGUAGCCAGUCAGGAUCUGUCCAUCUCUCUUUCCUCCUUGACUUUUUCAUAAAUACUCCCUUUUCCUUACUCAGGCAGAGAGGUCGUCUUCUGGCACACCUUGUCCCCCCCCAUGAAGUGUUGGGGGGAACAGAGAGAUGGAUGGUGUGUGUGGGAUAAGUCAAGAGGGUUAGUUUAGAGACCGACUUUGGCCAGCGAGUUAAGUACAGUUAAUGAGGACUAGAAGCUUUGCCCCCGUUUUUAAAAAUUAGCGAGCUGCUUUUGGUGGACCACUAUUAAGUCAUUCAUCUCGUCGGGGGCUGAGCUUGAGGAAGAGCUCGCCCUCUGUUGCGCUUAAGUGCCCAGGGAGCAUCUCUUGAGUAAAAAGGCUUCAAACACCCGCACUGCCAAGCUGUGCCACUGCCUUACUCUCCCUCUCCGCGUCCCUCGGGAGCCGCAAGUUGUUGUUAGAGCCCCUUUCCUCCCCUCUUUUAUAUUACUGUCUUUGAUAUCUCGAAAUAAUAAUAAUAAUAAUAGAAGGGAAUCACAGCUACCUGUGAAAUUAUUGCCUGUCCAUGACAGCAUCUGAUAGAUGUCAAACUGCACACCUGAUCUUGCCCCUGUCCCUCUUCCCUGCCUCUGAUAGGGGGUGGGGGCUGUGAAAGACCUUUAUUUAACUCCUCUGUGCCUCACAAAAAGGAGUGGUUGGCCUGAGAGCCACGGACGGACGGUGUCGUUUCCCUCUUCCUAAGUGACCCUCUCCUGGCUGGGACUUUGUGCCUCAAAGGAGAGUCUUUAUCUCAGUCGUGUUUGUGUGGGUGCAGAAGCGGAGCUUUGGGCUGAGGAGGGGAGAGGAAGAGGCCUGGAAAGGUGGUGAAAUGGGGGGGGGUGACACCCACGUUGCAGAGGUCUUUGAGCAGGGGGCUCUCUACGCUUUCCAACCGCUUCCUGGACCGUGUGGGGGAAGCGAGUUGCCGCUCGAUUCACAGAAACAGACAGCCUUUUUAAAAAAUUAGCAGUCUUUGCACAGUAAUAGCACAGCACAUUUCCUCCCCCCCCCUCAAUAUAACUGGAAUAUCUGCCCUACCCCUUAAGCGCUCUUCAAGCGGUUUUUCAGAAUGGAGGCAUCGCUCUCCCGGCUUGGGGGGCUACCUCUUCUCUGCUCCCCCAGCCCCUCGCGUGCCUCUUCCAGGGUUUUCCCCCCCCAAGGCUGCUCUGAACCCCCUCUUGCCCCCCCAGCCGAUUGCUCUGCUUGUGGGGUUCCUGGGGCAACCCAAGUGACCAAACAGCGUGUUUCUUGUCUAUUUAUAUAUGCUCUCUCCGAGGAGCCGACCUCCACUGUCUCUACUAGAUUUGCAGUAUUGUAUCAUCCAUUUGUAGCGCUUUGCUUAAACUCCUUUUCGGGAGUUUGGGAAAAGUCUUGUGUACCUUGGUUUGUUCUUCUUGGCUGCCUUUUUUGGGGGUCCCUUCCUUUCCCUUGGCCCCGGCCAACCCGGGGCCCUCCAGAGGUCUGGCACCCCAGCUAUCACCUGCUGCGACGUCAUUCGACCACGUUGGCCGGGGCAAGUGGUCCAAAAACAUCUGGAUGGUGCCAGUUGCGGCUCUUUGCUUGGGCAGCCUCUGCCUGUUCCAGCCCCCCAAUUUCCCAUGCAAUGCAGAGGGAGGAAAAGAUUCCCUUUGUGACUAAGCUCCACCUCACCAUCAGCACCCCUGGAGCCCGCUUGGGUUUUCCUGUUGCCAAAAUUCAAAGCACCAGCCCUCCUUUUGCUCAAGGCGGGAGGACGCUACCUGCCUUAAACGUGCCCUGCACCCUUUGCCACCUUCAGGGGCCUUUUCUGCGCUUGGUGCUAAAUUCUGAAGCAACUGGAAUGAUUUGCCUUAUGAGGAAAGGAGGGUCCCUUCUGGGUUGGCCCAGGAGCUCUACGUGGAUUUAUCAGGACAUUUUGGGAGUGGUGAAGUCCAGGGAAUUC